AUGAAGGAGCCGCCUGUCCUCAACUUCGAGCAGCUGCAGCACGUCUUCGGGGUCGGCCAGAACGGAGCCAUGUCGCUGACGAAGCUCUUCGACAGGCAGGGCGCCAAGCGGAUGUCAGUGGAAGGCCAGUCGAGCAAGACGUCGGGCGGGAUCAAGGUGCAGGCGUGCGCUGUGAUGCUGGCAGGAGUGUGGCUCUCUCUGGUCAUCGACACCCAGAACAAGAUCAGCUUCGCGUUCGGCCUGUUCGACACAGACGACAGUGGCUUGCUCUCCGAGGAGGAGUUCCGCAACUUUGCACAGGCGAUCUUCGCGAGCAUGGCCCUCGUCUUCGGGGCGGAGCCCCCGCCCCCGAGCGCGCUCCACAGGCUGACCGCGAUCUACUACCGGCAGAUGUCGGCGCACGCCGGGAGGCGAAUCCAGAACGCGCUGAGGAGGACCGUCUCGCUGCGCGACGCCGUGCUGCAGCAGAUCCGUGCGCGGCAGGCCUCGCCGUCGCGGUCGCAGCAGGUCCCCUACUCGGCCCUCCAGGACUUUGUCUUCGGGAAGGCCUCGAACGAGGACCCUCUGACGCUGCCGUUCCGCCUGCUGCUGGAGCGGUUCAACCCAAACCGCUCGGUCGAUUUCGUAGACGAGUUCACGAACGGCAGCAAGAAGUUCAAGCUCUCGCAUUCGGCGCCAGUGCCCGUGCCGCAAGAGGAGGGCUCCACGGCCUCUGUCAGGGACCUCCUCACGCGGCCAGAGGUCGUCUUCUCGCGGGAGAUGUACCAGGAGUUCUUCGAGCUGAAGGCCAUGGUGGCGGAG